AUGGCUGCACAGAGCUGCGUGUGGAGUGAUAUAUUCGACGAUCAGUCACGAGCUAAUUUAGAAAGGGGACUUAUAGCGACAGGGACCAUUGCUUUCCUAUUGGGCGUUUGGCUGAGUAUUGCUUUAUUAUUAACUAAUCUAAGAUCAGAUCUGAGCUACCGUAAUUUGGCUUUUUUUACGGUUAUCGCAUCUCUAAGACGCGGUGUCUCCGUAUUCUCCCACCUCCCGCUUUUUAAUUACUCUGAGAGUUUCGAAGAUGGGGUCCAAUAUGUAUCAUGUGAUAUUUCUGGAUUUUGGGAUUCGUUUUGGACGGUCUACGAAGUAGAAAGUCUUACUCACGUGUGCAUCGAACGAUAUGUCGUGGUUAAGUAUACUACACGAGGAUGGCCGAUACAAAAAAAUCACUAUGUCUUGUUUCAAAGUUUAUGUUUAUUAUUUGCCAGUUUAUACUCAUUACCGCCCUUGUUCGGAAUCGGAAGAUUCGGUUAUGAUUUUUCUUGCCAAUCUUGUGUUUUGGACAUGGUGCUACCAGAAACAUGGGAUAGAUAUAUUAGUGUAUUGAUAUUUUUGCUUCGAAGUGUGAAAUCAACAGGUUUCAUGUUAACUAUGCUUUUAUGGGCUUCAAAUCUAGAAUCGAAUUAUGAUGACUCCGAAAAAUCAUUGAAAGAUAAGCGAUUCACUAAGAGUGCAGUUGUAGUGACCUUCGUCAACUUGAUUUGCUGGCUACCAAUUGCUUUUCUUCGUGGUUUGGUGGUAUUUUCAUAUCUGUUUUCUGGUAGUAUACAGACUCCUCCAUCUGCCUCAACAGUACAGUUCGCAGUAUGGACAUAUUGGGUGGCGCCUGCUUUUACAACAUUAGCAAUGUUUCUAAUCGACGAAAAAGUUCAUCAGAAAAUGCUUCGUGUUUGGAAGAGCGACGAAAAGAAAGAUAGUGUUAAGAAUGAGUAAAUACAACAAUCAUAAGUGUUUAUAUUGCAUUAUUAAUAAUAUUUUGUAUCAAAUAAGCAUUCAAUAACAAUAUUAUAAAAUAUUUAAUUUAAUAAAUAUUUGUAGUAAAAAUUAACAAGAUAUUCACUAUCAAGCCGCUUUACUUUUAUUUUGUAUUAAAACAAUAAGGUAAUACAUCAUUUCAUAUAAUGUAUAAAUGACUAUUUAGAUAACGAGAUAAGGUGUCACUGAAUAUUAUAGAGAUUUUUAUUUAAACGAAUAUAACCACUAUUUUCAAGUACAAUAGCUUCCGAAUUAUUUUAAAUAUUACGAAAGACAUUGCUUUAUUUAACGUCCAGCAUACAUACAGAAUCGUGUUAGGUGAGGCUUUUUAACUUUUUAAUAAAAUUCAUUUUAUAAAAUA